CGGCUCUUUCCUUCUCCACCUUUGUCUUUUCUUAUUCAAAUUUAAAUAUCCAAUUUGGAAAAGCUUAUUACUCUCUUCUCUAUCCAAUCUUAUCACCCACACUCACAAAUUCCCUCUACUCCAUUUUCAACACUCGCAAAAAAAAACCUCUGCGUUUCGAAAUGGCCAUGGCUCUCAGACCCAUAGACAACGAGCUUCCAACAACGAUCCCAGAAAGGCCUAAAAAGCAAGCUAAAGUAGCGAUUCCGAUUCAAAAACAGCCCCAGCUUUCUACCAAUGACGAAAACAAAGCUCCUGUUGACUCCACCAUUGAAUAUAUCGACUCCGACAGUCUUGAACCGAUUGAAGACCCUCAAUCCAAGAUCCAAAACUUAAUAGAAGGAUUAGAAUCAAAAGACUGGAUCCAAGUGUGUGAGUCACUGAAUAAUGCUAGACGUUUUGCACUCUAUCACUCUGAUCUCCUUACCCCUUUACUGGACAAAGUCAUGCUGGUACUGGUGAAGGCAAUGAAGAACCCCAGAAGUGCCCUUUGCAAGACCUCUAUCAUGGCUUCUUCUGAUAUCUUUAAGGCCUUUAAUCAAAAAUUACUUGAUCCAUCUACCUCUGAUGCAUUUGAUCACUUGAUACUUCAGUUGCUACUGAAGGCCUCUCAAGACAAAAGGUUUGUGUGUGAAGAGGCAGACAAGGCAUUAAAAUCAAUGGUGGGGUCCUUGACUCCUUUGCCUCUCCUCCAAAGGCUUAGAGCCUCUGUUAAGCAUACCAACCUUAGAAUCAGAGCUAAGGCUGCUGUUGCUAUUUCUAAUUGUGUCUCUAAGAUGGGUCUGGAAGAAAUGAAAGAAUAUGGACUAGUUGAUCUGAUUCAAAUAGCUGCUGAUUUGUUGAAUGAUCGAUUACCAGAAGCGCGAGAAGCUGCAAGGAGUGCUCUGGUUUCUGUUUACAAUGCAUUUAUAGAGAAUGAAGAGGGGGAGAAGAAGCAAGAGGCAUGGCAAAACUUUUGCCAGUCUAAUUUGUCACUUAUACACGUUCAAUCUGUAUUCAAAUUUACAACUUCCUAGAGGUUGAAGAGGAAAUUAUACUGUAGUAACUAAAUAAGGAAAGGUUGUUUUUACAUGACAGCCAUAAGUGUGAACUUCUGAGCUUUUGGUCAUGUAAAGGUUGUUUUUACAUGACACUUAGUAUAACACUGGUUUGAGAUGAAUGAGAAUUAUUUAUUAAUUGUUUGCUGUAAAAAGCUUCUUAUUAUAAAGGAAAUAAAAUAUUUCAAGUUUUGGGAAGAUAAA